CCCAGGACCAAGAUAACUACUGUUGGAUUUGCCAAAGAUUUAUGGAAGGUCAGUAUUCCAGUAAUCUCAUGUGGUUGACUUCCUAAGUCUUUUGGUAACUUUCACAACCCCGUAUUAACUUAUCAGUAGUUGAGUACAUGUAUCUUCAGUCUGAACACUGAAAAGAUAAGAUUAACAAAAACAAUGUAUUAUCAAAUACAAAAGAAAUAAUUUAUUAAAAAAAAAAAAAACUUGGUCUACGUAGAUGUGGUUUUAAGCAGGAAACUAUGUGUUGUGCCAUCAAUGUAUUGCUAAAUCAAAAGAAACUUCCUCCAUCUUACAGCAACAAGUUGGGGAGCAAAUAGAUAUAGCUGCCACAAUAAUGUAAAGCAAUCAAGUCCACCGGCAUGCUUUCUUAGACUGAAAUUCGGUCCCACACUGUUGGGAUGCUACUACAAAUAAAUAAACGUACUUCUCUGGCGAAUCACUAUAUAUAUAAGUCAGAGAACUCAUUUACAAAAGCAAGUUUCUUUCUUCACGCUACAUUUCACUUGAAGCUUGUUUCAAUUACUUGUAGCUCUAAAAGUUGAAGAGAAGUCCAUCGAUCAUGAGGAAUCAUCUCAAGACAAUCUUUCAUCAUGCUAAACACAAUAUUCUUCUCCGCCAAGGAUCAACUGCAACCACUUCAUCAGCAUCAACAAAGUUAACAGAUGUUCCCAAGGGUCACAUGGCAGUUUAUGUUGGAGAGAACCACAAUAAUAAGCAUAGGUUUGUGGUUCCGGUCUCUUGCUUGAAGCAUCCUUCGUUUCAAGACUUGUUGAGGCAUGCAGAAGAGGAAUACCGAUUUGAUUAUCCAAUGGGAGCACUUACUAUCCCAUGUAGUGAGACUGCAUUUCUCUGUGUCACUUCUCACUUGCAUGUCAUUACCAAUUAAUAAAGGCGGAGCAGAAGUAUAGUUCUUCACUCUGUAACAUCCAGUGGCGGAGCCACACUAUGCCGAGGGUGCUAGGUGUGGAAUUGGCCAAACAAGUCAAUUCUUUUGUUCACAUAGUCGUGAUGUAAGCGCUUACCUCAUCAUAGGAAAUUCAUUCCUAUAAAUAGGUAGCUUAUGGUUCAUUUGUAAGAUAUCAUUAAGAUCAUUUGCUAUACACAUCCCAAG